AGCAGCGCGAUAAAGCAGCCGCGGCACGGUAACGUUCAGCCAGUCGAACCAGACAAUGCGCCUUGACGCACCGGUGGAACAGCGACGAUGGGAGCUUCACAGACGCGCUCCGCGCACAAGUACCAGGACCUGAUGGAUAAAACUGGAUUUUCAUUGGAGCAGAUCAAAAACCUUCACAAACGCUUCCAGCAGCUGAGUGGAAAUGAAGAGACAAUAAGUAGAGAAAACUUGGACUCCAUACCAGCCCUUGCCAACAAUCCAAUCAGAAAGCAAAUUAUUGAAGCAUUCUUUGAUAAAAGGAACCAGCAUCAGAAUGAGGUUGGCUCCUUGGAUGAGAUUGGCUUCGAGCAGUUUCUCAUGGUCAUGUCUCACUUCCGCCCUCCAAAUUUGAAAACGACAGAGGAGGAGAGGGAAGCCAUGAGAAAGGAAAAGCUUCGCUUCCUUUUCAACAUGCAUGACACAGACAAUGAUGGCACCAUCACUCUGGAGGAGUACAGGAAGGUAGUAGAGGAGCUUCUGUCAAAGAGUGGAGCCAUCGGGCAGGAGGCUGCCAAGGCAAUAGCAGAUGCUGCCAUGUUGGAAGUAGCGAGCACAAAUGUGCCCCACAUGGCCCCGGAUGAUUUCUAUGAAGGAAUUACGUUCGAGCAUUUUGAACAGAUUUUAAAAGGCCUUGAAAUGGAGUCCAGGAUGCACAUUCGCUUUUUGGAUGUAGACACCACAACGAUGCGUUGUGGGAGAUCAACCUCAUGAAAGAGUUGUUCUGGUAAAGAAAUGUUUAUGAUACUGCUGUUUUUAGCAGAACCUCCCCAGUCCUUAAAUGGUAUGAAGCCAAAUACUUUUGAUACGGUCUAAUAUAUUUUCAGACGGCAAGAAAUAACCAGACUUUUUUUUAAAAUACGAAUUAUAAAUAGUAUCUGCUGCUGACGCAGUUUAAGGUUCGACUAAUUUGUGGGAGUAUUCAAAGGACGUUUUCUCCUCCAAGCCCAGGGAAUUCAGUUUCAUGUUGUUUUUCCAUUUUCAAACAUUGUUAUCUGAAAAAUAACAAUUGUCACACAUUUCAAAGAAAAUUAUUUCCGUUUUUUUUUGCAAAUUAAUGCACUACAACUCUGCAUUCUCCCAGUGUUUUACAAACUUUCUACAUGUUACAGAUUCUUUGUACUUGAGUGAAAAAAGUUCACAUGUUGGAUGUAGUCCGUCGAGCUCAGUGGCUGGGUGAUCUACUCUGGCUAAAAUCCAAAGCAUGAGAUGGAGGCCACAUACCAUUCCUCUGCAGCUCCAGAAUAGUUAUAGGUUUAUGUUCUCUGAGACUCUGUGUAUUAGUGAACCAGAUAAAUGUAAAACAUUACUAUAAAGCAACUGCAUAUAUAAAAAAAAUAGUGAUACUAAUAAAUAAUUUACUGAGCAGAAUUUUAUGUAGUAAUUAAGGUAGAAAUGACAUUUUUUAUUGCUGUGAUGCUGCACAGUGGCACUGAGCCCACCGUGCAGGGAGUCAAACAUCUAUUAAGAAUGUAUUAAUUUUACAGUAAUGGUUUAAAAGGCUUUGAUCCUGUGCAACACCUGAAAUCAGCACUGUAAAGUAUAAUUACCUAUACAGCA